UUCCGAUUACAGAUACAACUUGAUAUGGCCUACAAGUAAAUAACGCUUUCUUUGAUUGAAAGCGACCGGUGCUCCAAAUCCUAACGAUUUUACACAGUGGGAAGGGAACCAACCACUGCCAGAGCCAAUGCUUAGCUUUCAAGACCAUUCAACCUGUUCACCAGAUUCUAGUUGAGCCAAAACCUUUACUUCCGUAAUGUACAAAAAGCCAACCAACUAAAACCCGUUAGGAUCUUCUUGUACAUAUCAAUGCAGCAUACAGAAGAUGAAUUUCUGUGAAGAAAAAGUGUGAGUUCUUCUUUUUCGAGAGAUGGGAAAUUGUGGUUCGGUUCGUAAAACCCUAGACGCCUCCCCUAAAUCAAAACUCAAAUGCUCAAGCUUUUCCAGGAGAGGAUGCAUCCUCACUGAACGGCCUAUUCAAGAAAACACAAAUCGUACCGUGAUGCCUGGUGCAAGCAGUUUACGAGAACUAAUAAAUGGCAAAGAGGAUAUGCAAUUUUCUCCUGACCCCAGGUUAGAAUCUGAUUGUGAAGAUUUCUUCAGUGUCAAUGGUGAUCUUAUCCCAUCUAGCACCAAUACUCCAAUCCACCAAAAAAGCCCCAUAAAAUCCCCUGCAACUGAUGUGAAAAAGCAACUGAUUGAAUUGUUUCAUGAAAGCUUCGAUGAUGAUGCUGGCCAUCAAGAUUUACAUUAUGAGUCGGAAGCAGAAUCUUCUAUUUUUCACCUGCCACAAAAUUCAGCAAACAAAAUCCCAUAUGAAUCUGUAGCAGAUAUAGUUUUCAGAAGCGUGGCGAUUUCGAACGCAAAUUCCGAAUCCCGGACAAGAAAAGAUACACAGUUUGCACAAUGCUGCCUGCCAAAGUUGGUGCGGAGCCUAAGCUUCAGUGAGAGGAAGAAACGCUGAGUGACAAAGAAAUCCAGGAUGUCAAAAUUUUCCAUUUUAUUGCUUAGUUAUUUUCGUCUUGGUGGCUGAGUCUGGAACAAUCUAUAUAAAUGUGUUUAUGUGUGAGUUGUUUUGUAUUUAU